UAACGCAUGCGCAGAAAAUAAGCCCGAAAUCUACAAACACAAAGUUAUCUUGAUGUGUCUACCCUCUUCAGAGAAAUUGCAUCAUCAUCAGCUGUGACCUCAGACGCCUCAGGCUGCCCCAUAUAAUGGUUAAGAAACGAGGCCAUAACGUACCAGUUCCCCUCUGUGGGUGAGAUGUAGCAGACCCUGCAGCUGCGCACCAUUCCAGACUUCCUCAUUGUAAUGUUUGUUUAGUACGGUCUUAUUGGGUCAGGCGUCAUUAUCUUAUUGAAGACCACCCAAAAAGAAACUAAAAAUGUGGCAACAGGCUUAACACGAAAGAAAAUAGAGCCGUAGCAUACUAUUUUCAGAAGUAUGCGGAUUCAACUGGAGAAUAACGAAGAAAAAAAGUGAGUCAGGAAUUGUGGGUGUCUAAUUCGAAAUUCAAAUGCAGGACUUCUUGAAAGAUCCUUGUGAUGGAAAGACAAAAAGAGAAAUGUGCAGCCACACAUCGAAGGUCUAGACUGGAUUCAAACCCACGAUCCUAGCACUCAGGUUUACUGGGGGUUUGGACUUUGUCCAUUGUCUGGUAUUCUGAAAAAAAAAACUAAAAAAAUAUAACCUUUUGAAAACUGGGUCCAGGUAUUCUAAAAACACAAAAGAACACACUGUUUCGAAAGUGUAUCCAGGUAUUCUAAACAAACACAAAAUAACACAAUGAUUCGGAAACUGGUUCCAGGUAUUCUAAGAGAGCGCAGAUCCAAGUAUUCUAAAAAACAAGAAAGAACACAACAUUUCGGAAACUGGAUCCAAGAUCCAAUUUGUGAAACACUGUGUUCAUGUUUUCGUUUAGAAUGCCAGACGACGGACAAAGUCCAAAAGCCCAAUAAUUCUGAAUGUUACGCACCUUCGUCAGAAUCCUUUUAUAAUCUAUAUUAUCCUAGCAUUCGAGAGGCCUGAAUCCAGUCGACCUCUGGGGCUUGGCUUGUCGCAGCGGACUCUCAAUACACUUUGCCAGGCAGUGUGAAAAUUUGAUCUAUAUUUAUCACAGAGUAUCUUUGAAGAGUUUUCCACGAUCAGGAGCGUCUGGAUGGUGGCCGGAGGGGUGGGGGACAAAGCGUGCGUGCUACCUGCAGCAUGCUGCACACCACGCACUUUGCUGGAGCCACAUGUAGAAGGACACUGCGAAGUGGGUGUCCAUGUGUGUCGUUUGUGAUCCAGAACCGACUGAAGUUUCAAGCAGAUCACUGUGAACUGCAACAUUUUUCUCGAGCCAUGAGGAGAAUGUACAGACGGUAUCACAGAGGAGGCUUCCGGAGGGAGCAGGCGGCUGAAGGCGCAGAGGAAGUGGUGUCCGUGAAGGGGGUGGACCUGCUGCUGGCGGAGAAUGGGCCCCUGCACCAUACAGAGCAGUACGACGUGAUGGAGCGCGAGAAAGAGCCGCUACUUGUGGUACGGCGAGGACAGGCGUUUUCCGUCAAUAUUACCCUCAGUAGAGCCUACAACGCAGAUAAGGACGCCGUGUCCUUCAUUUUCACAGUUCAAGAUGCUGAGAAACCCAACUACGGUCAAGGAACUCUAAUUGCUGUUCCACUCCUCGCUAAAGGAGCUGAAUCGGGCACUGCCUGGAAUGCAGUUCUGGAAUCCAGCAAUGAGAAUGUCAUUGGGGUCAAGAUCACACCUGCAGCUGAUGCCAUCGUGGGGCAAUGGAAGAUGGAUAUCGACACAAAGCUGAAGAAUGAUGGAGCAGUCAGCUAUAGCCAUAAGGAUCCUAUAUACAUCCUGUUUAAUCCUUGGUGCAGACAGGACCAGGUAUUCUUGGAGAGUGACGACCUGUUACGUGAGUAUGUGUUGGCGGAUACUGGUCUCAUCUGGCGAGGUAGCUAUAACCGCUUGCGUCCCUGUGUCUGGAAGUAUGCACAAUUCGAGAAGGACAUUCUGGACUGCUCACUGUACCUUGUGUCACACGUGGGCAAACUGACCCUUGCUGGGCGCUCUGACCCAGUUAAGACUUGCAGAGUUCUCUCAGCAGCUGUUAACUCUCCUGAUGACAAUGGUGUUAUCAUGGGCAACUGGAGUGAUGACUUUGAUGGAGGCACCCCUCCCACUAAGUGGGUGGGCAGCAUGAAAAUCCUUCAGAAGUUCUACAAGGACAAGAAACCUGUUAAAUAUGGCCAGUGUUGGGUCUUCUCUGGAGUUCUUACAACAAUUGGUCGUGCACUGGGCAUCCCCAGCAGGUCUGUCACCACCUACGCUUCAGCUCAUGACACACAGAGCAGCCUGACAGUUGAUUACUUUGUUGAUGAUGGGGGUGAAGUAAUGGAGGAGCUCAACAGUGACUCCAUCUGGAACUUUCAUGUUUGGAAUGAAGUAUGGAUGGAGAGGCCAGACAUUGUACCUGGGGGAGAGUAUGGUGGCUGGCAGGCAAUUGACGCAACCCCACAGGAGGAAAGUGAUGAUAUGUACCGCUGUGGCCCUGCCUCAGUGAAUGCUGUCAAGAGAGGAGAGGUACUCCGGCCAUAUGACAAUGCCUUCGUCUUCUCUGAAGUGAAUGCAGACAAGGUGUUCUGGCGCUACAAUGGACCGACCCAGCCCUUAAAAUUAUUGCGCAAAGACACACAUGGAAUUGGUCAGCUUAUCAGCACGAAGGCUGUAGGAAAGUGGGAGAGAGAGGACAUAACCAGAAACUAUAAAUACCCAGAAAAGAGUGAGGAGGAAAGGGCAGCCAUGUUGAAGGCACUUCGGCAGAGCGAGAACCUUUUCAGUCGCUACUACCUGAAUGAGGACUUCAAUGACAUUCAGUUUGAUUUUGAACUUAGAGAUGAUAUUGUCAUUGGCUCUCCCUUCAGUGUGGUUGUGAUAAUGAAAAACCGUAGUCCCAUCAAAGACCAUACAGUGACUGUGACCCUCCGGGUGGACACUGUUCUCUACACUGGCCGUGUCAAGGAUGCUGUUAAGAAAGAAAAAGUGGAACGUCUUGUUAAAAUGGGAGCAGUUGAGGAGAUACGGUUGGAUGUGUCAUAUGAGGAGUACUACAAGCGUUUGGUGGACCAGUGUGCCUUCAAUAUUGCCUGUAUGGCGACUGUCCAUGAUACCAACUUUGAGUACUUUGCACAAGAUGACUUCAGAGUCAGGAAACCUGAUAUUAAAAUUAAGCUUGAUGGUGAGGCAGUGGAAGGCCAGGAGUUGACUGCCACUGCCACAUUGAAGAAUCCACUGCCAUCUGCUCUUAAGAAGCCUCAAUUUAUCAUUGAAGGUCCAGGCCUGACUUCUCAGUUGAAGAUCAAACUGCCACAGAACGUACCUUCAGGCGGUGAGGCAACAGCUACGUUCAAGAUGACGCCAAAAUUCUCUGGUAGAAGUACCAUUGCUGCCAAGUUUGUGUCAAAGGAACUGGAAGAUGUAGAUGGCUUUUUGAACUUCAUGGUUGAACCCAAGAAAGAGGUUGUCAAUGGCACUGGCAACGCUGCAUGAGCUGACAUGAGGUCUGGGUUUGUUCGAACUGCAUCUUCUAGUUUAUAAUGAAUGAAGGUAUGUUUUUACACAUAGGCUGCAGCAUUCAGUCGCAGCUUAUUACUGGAGGAUGGUAGAGAGAAGCUGCUUGUAUAUACUGUCAGACUUUUUCAAUUUUUAGCACACAUUUGCUAAACAUAUAUUUAUAUUACAAGUGUUCAAUUGCAUAUAGCUUCAAAUUAAGAAGCAUAACGCGUCACCUGGAACAGAGUUACUGUGACUCACAUAUGAGUAUACUGUGUAUCAUUUUGCACAUACACGACAUCUCUGACAUCAGCAUAAAAUUGGCAUUACUGAGUUAAUAUUUAUAGUUUAAAUAAUUUUAUUUAAUAUUGCUUUUGAAGAUAAGUUAAAAUUAAACACAAAGAAUAAUUUUUUUUUUUUAUUCUCAGUAUAAAUUUUGGUAUCUGAAUGUACUAAUCACCACAUGCUGUUAUUAAUACUGAUCACAAAUUUUAAUUCAGGAUUAUAGUCAGAGUGAAUUUGUUCACUUUGCUUUACAGUUACGUUAUAAACACCAUGUAACUGAAUCCAGUUUAGCAACGGAAAGUAAUUUAUUAUCAUAUAAAAUGACAUAUAUCUUUUCCUUUCAUGACUUCAGGUAUUCUUCUAAAUCUUCCUUUAGCCUUCUGAGAAUGCCCACAAUUUUAGCUGCAUACAGGUAUAGAGUUAAGGUACCUGCUGAAAAGAGGUAUCGGUUUAAAUUAAAUAUUAAAAAAGAGAAUCCAUUCAUUUUAUAUUUAUGUGAGUAAUGACAAUAUGUUAUAUUCUGGUAUGUUGAUACCAGUGUUUCAAAGGAAUAUACUACUAAAAUCAUCAGGCAAGUUAGGAAAGUGACAGGUUAUGUAGUAAUGUGAAAGGAGCAUGUUGCGUAGUCGACUUUACUAAGGCCAGAGGUUCUUGCUGGUCUGCUUUCGUCAUGUGCACUUCUUCAUCCUGGGCUGUGACUGGCCGCUCCUCUCCUAUGUGACCCCUUUCUUUCUCGCCACUUCUGUUCUGGAGUAGUGGCCCUUGCCAGGGCUUGUGGUUUCCAUUCCCCUACCUCAGCUCUAUACAGGGCUCUGAUUGACCAAUUCUAUCUACAUGAUCUGUUUCUACAUAAUCUGCAACUUUCCCAACUUGGCUAACUUCAACACAAAAGACAGAGACUGUACAUUCUUUCUGAACACUGGUACUCACAUACCAGACUACAACAUGAUGUCAUAACCGACAAGAUCACAAUACAACCUAUGUUUUAUUCUAUGAAAAUAUGAUAACUAUGAAUAGAAUUAUAAUACUUCCGUUACUGUUACUUGUUGUAAUAAAUAUCCAUGUCAUGUGAAUUGCAUUUAUGUUUAUAUUUUCUUGUGAAACACACAAGUUCAGAUAUCAUAUGGGUAAAUGGACAUGACUCUUUCAUGUGAAGAUAAGCAACUAGAAAAGUGAAUCAACUGAUUUUUAUAAUUUCAUAUUUUAUUAUGAUAUUAUUUUUAUUAUUAUUGCCUAUAUUUAAAUGAUCUGAAGCUGACAUGGCAACAGUAUGCAGUGAAAUAUUCUAAGGCAAUCCAGCUAUGUCAGUAUGGAGUUAGUGGUGUCUCAAAUGUUGGACACUCUAUCCAUGUUAACACAGCACAUCCAACGAAAUGGCUUCACUGUAUUACACAUAGUGUUAUAACUACUGUACUUAUUCUAGGAAGUUAAACAGAAUGUUGUCAAGUAAUAACCUUUGCAAGGCUUUCUUUAUGUAUCUGAAAAACUAUCAUUUUGAUCCUUAUAUAAGUUUCACUUACUUGGAUCCCAUAUGUUUGUUGUGUUUUUAGAUUAUGUUGUUGCCUUCUCUGGUUCAUAUGAGAAUUACUGUUUUAAAGUCAUCAUCAUCACCACCACCACCACUGUCGUCAUUGAGAAUAUUUUGCCUCUUAUUAUGUAGGCAAAGGCAAUAUUGGACAUUAAUACUGGUCAUAGAAUUCUUCAGUAGACAUACUGGAAUAAAAUAAGGAAGACUGCUUUUAUAUAUCUAUAUGUAUACACACACAUACACACAUAUUUAUGUUGACUUUUUCAUUUUAAAACAAAUACUCUUAUAGUAGGCUAUUAAAUUAAAACAAAUUAUUAUGAUUUUAUAUGUGAACUAAAUUAUUUCACUAAAGAGAGUAUGGAUAUAGGUUAUGGUACCAUACAUUAAUUGUGUUUUAGAAAUGUUAAUGGUAAUCAGAAUAAGAAAUCGGGCUCUCUCCAGUGAGUGUAAUGGUCCUCUGUGUGUGAGGUUUCUUUACCUAUAAUGUGGCAGUUAUAUUUACAAUUUUGACCAUCAGCAGAAAAGAAAUAAUUUACACACUAGUAUAUAAAUGUUAUUUGUUUUUUAUGUGAGGACAUUUUUUAUGCAUGUAUGAAGACUGAAUAGGAAAGAAAGUAAGAGUGGUAUUAAGUGAAUAGAAUUUAUGAACUGUGUUUAUUAUCUGAGGUUUAAUGCUAAUGCUUUUUAUCAGCCAUAAAUAAUCUUAUAUAUAUAUUAUAUAUUUAUAGAUUUAUUUGUUGAUUUCAAAUUAUUGGAGAACAAUAUGCUAUAGUGAUUUUAUAGUUUUUAUUCAGAAUUGUAUUCUGAAAUAAUUGUAGUUUUUAAAAGAUAUUGAAAUAUUAAUAUUACUGACAGACAUUACAGCUCACAGCACUAUAACUUUUCGCAAUUUUCAGUAUACUAGCUGAAAUAUUUUUAUUUUGAAAUUUUGCUUCUUUUUUUUUUUCAGAAUGCUAAAGUAAACUGAAACGCUCAGUUUAUUUUCAUACAAAGAGUUAUCUUUGUUGUCAUGUUGUUUACAGUGAAAUGCCAAUAUAAAGAUUUCAAAGAAACUGUUCAAUCUGAACCUUAUAAGUAAAACACACAAGAAAGAGAAUACAGCAAUAUAUUAUAGUGACCAUUAUCAAGCGAUAUAUAACUGUGACAUUAAUGAAUUUGAAUUAUGGGUAACCUAAAACAUGCAUGAACUGACUGGAAAAAAAGUUCAUAUUUAGCUUUUGUUUGUAUGAUUAGAACAUAUACUUGAAUUCAACAUCUGUUUCAUUAAUAGAAAAUAUUGUUUGAAUCUUUUCUUUGGCCUAUUUGUGCAUAUUUAACAAAAACAAUGUCCCUA